AUGGUGGAACGCCUGAACUUGUCCCUGGACGCCGUAUCCAGCUGGGGCGAGGCCAAUUUGGUUGGAUUUAACGCCACCAAAACCCAGGCGUGUUUAUUCACCGCGAAACGGUGCCAAUUUACCUUGGCUCCCACUUUCCAGAAUGUGUCCCUUCCGCUGACCGACGACUUAGAACUUCUCGGUGUAAGCUUGAAGUCCAACCUGAACUUUGGGUCGAUCAUAGAGUCCAGGGCUAAAAAUGCUGCCAAAAAACUUGGUGUCCUAUUUAAGGUGAAGCGGUAUUUCACGCCGAAUCAGCUUAUCUCCCUGUACCAAGCACAGGUCCGAUCGUGCGUGGAAUACUGCUGUCACCUUUUGGACGGUUCCGCCAAGUAUCAGCUGGCGGCCCUGGAUGCGAUAGAGCGUCGGGCACAUAGACUCUUCGGCGAUGACCCUACUAUUAAGGCUAAAUUGCAGACCCUAGAACAUCGCCGUCGAGUCGCUUGUCUGUCGAUAUUCUACCGGAUACAUUCUGGGGAGUGCGCUUAA